AUGGCUGAAAAAACGCCUCCAAGGGAUAUUGUGUCGCCGUCAAACCCAUCUUCUGACUUGCCGGUUUUGACAACGCCGAUGGGUGGGCGCCUCUAUAAUCCCUUCCACGAAGACUACGUGGCUCGUCUUGAUGGAAUCACCGUCACUCCCGGUCUCUUUGCCCCUUCUGAUAGGUCGGUUGCAAGGACUGAGGCAGUAAAAUCCAUUCCCUUUUUCUGGUCUCCUGAGAUUAAGGGAGACCACUUCCCCACCGAAAUUGAUGAAAACCUCACUCAUCAACUUCAAAUGCAGCAGAAGCUGGAUGCGGAUGUUGAGGAAGCUGCGCAAAGUAAGAUAGCAAGUUAUUUCCAAAGCAACGUAGUAGCUCCCAGUCCUGAUGUGACCAUCAAGCCUCUUAAAGAGCUUUUAUCGGGCAAACCCACUCUGCACAGGACAUCGUCUCUUAAACCUAUAUUCACUUCGGGUAGCGGGAAUGAAGAGCAGGCAGGGCAGAGGACGGUUGUUGUGACGGAUGUGAAAGUUCAAACAAGCAUAUCUGUGGCUCCGGACACCGAUCUUCCUUCCCUUCUGCAGAGGGCCAUGGGGCUUGAGGAGAAGGAGAAUGUGCUUUGCGGUGGGGAGAGUUCAAGUUUAUACCGAUAUGGAGUUACCUUCUCUGAGGCCAGUGCGGAUCAUACUGAGGAUCCCUAUCCGCGUUACCCGAGUGUCAUGUACUCAUCCUGCCUACGAGAGAAUCUACCGAAUUACCGGAAACGACGUAGUCUCUUUUCUGAAAGCUUUGAUGUGGACACACUAAGGAAUGCAACAAGUUCCUCUGUUGAUGCUCGUAGCGUUCAUGAUACUCAUUUCAUUUCGGCUGAUGAUAUGGAAGCUAUGGCAGAUGACCUCGGUCUACCAGUUAACUGGGCUUCUGAGUCAGUAUCCUUGAGCUCUCGCCAUCAGUGCAAAAGGAGUCCCGAAGAUAUUGACAGGUUUAAACAAAGUAGUGCCACCAAUCUAACUGGACUUCUAGAACACGCAGGAAUCGGUUCAUGUAGAACACUCUCUUGCGAACCCCAAAAAUCCCAUCUUUUUGGGUCUAUGAGUCCUCUAGUGGGCGGCAGGACGAGCCCGGAGGCGCGAGGUCUGCAACGACCCUUGCCCCUCUCUUCCAUCAUGAACGACGAAGACGAUGAGUAUGAUGGUGGCGAUGAGGAGAGUACUCGCGACUCUUGCAAGUCAUUCAAGCGCCAAUGUGGCCAUGGCUCCCGCAAGCGCCGCAUGGCGAGUCCCGAUCUCUCCCCCAUCUACCGCCCUUGCGGCAACCCACUCAUGGAUCAAGAUAGCGACAAUUAUGUUGACGUUGACGCCCUUCCAGGCACCGUAGCUGCCGCCAACAAUGAUAGUGAGAGUAAUGAAAGUGCUCUUUGA